ACUGCUCUAUUAAAGAGUAGCUGUGCAAAUGCAGUGUCUGGACCACAGCCUGUAGGUAACUGAUAAACCCAGCUCCUGCAGCAUGGAGGCUUGUCUGGGAUGGUGCUUCCUAGGAUUUCUCAUUGUAUCAGUGGGAGCUGGAUCACAAAGCGAUGAAAAGCUUAUUGUCUCGCAGUCUCCUGACUUCAUCAAUGCCUUGAAGGGACACUCAGCCGAGAUCACGUGCUCCAUCUCUCUGCUGAGUAAGAUUGAUGGGCUUUAUCUCAAGAGGCGCUUUGCUCGGCCCCAGGACGUGCUGUACUUCUCCUUAGCCACAAUGAAGAUCAAUAUUGAGAAGGAGUACAAGGGCCGCUUAACACACCACGGAGAGUGCUGCAGCUUUGCCUUCACGAUCACCCAGCUGCAGCUCAAUGAUAGCGACGGCUAUUACUGUAUAUGGGGUGGCUUGGACAUCACAACAGGCAGGCUUGUGAGCCAUGAAAGUAUGGGGACGCUCAUUGUAGUGAAAGAGCCUCGUGUCUCGUGCCCCACAGACUCUUCAAGAUCGAAUCUGAGCUUUAUCCUGCUCCUGCUCAUGGUGUCAGCCGGCGUCGUUGUCGUGUGUGUGUUCAUGUGUGUGCUGCUGUGGCACUGCACAGGGAACAAGAAAAGCUACCAGCCAAAUAAAAUACACCAAUCAAGGUCCGAAGCAAACCCCAGGGCUCCAGCCAGCCAGCCGCUCCAGGUACUGAGAACCUCAAGCAAACCCCCAGGGCUCCAGCCAGCCAGCCGCUCCAGGUAUUGCGAACCUCAAGCAACCACCAGGACUCCAGCCAGCCAGCCUCUCCAGGUACUGAGAACCUCAAGCAAACCCCCAGGGCUCCAGCCAGUCAGCCGCUCCAGGUACUGAGAACCUCAAGCAAACCCCAGGGCUCCAGCCAGCCAGCCGCUCCAGGUAUUGCGAACCUCAAGCAACCCCCAGGACUCCAGCCAGCCAGCCUCUCCAGGUACUGAGAACCUCAAGCAAACCCCCAGGGCUCCAGCCAGUCAGCCGCUCCAGGUACUGAGAACCUCAAGCAAACCCCAGGGCUCCAGCCAGCCAGCCGCUCCAGGUAUUGCGAACCUCAAGCAACCCCCAGGACUCCAGCCAGCCAGCCUCUCCAGGUACUGAGAACCUCAAGCAAACCCGCCAGGGCUCCAGCCAGCCAGCCUCUCCAGGUACUGAGAACCUCAAGCAAACCCCCAGGGCUCCAGCCAGCCAGCCUCUCCAGGUACUGAGAACCUCAAGCAAACCCCCAGGGCUCCAGCCAGUCAGCCGCUCCAGGUACUGAGAACCUCAAGCAAACCCUCAGGGCUCCAGCCAGCCAGCCUCUCCAGAUACUGAGAACCUCAAGCAAACCCCCAGGGCUCCAGCCAGCCAGCCUCUCCAGAUACUGAGAACCUCAAGCAACCCCCAGGACUCCAGCCAGCCAUCCACUCCAGGUACAGAGAACCAGCCAGCCAGCUUGAAACCUGGAGCAUUUAAAUAUUUUUCCCCUUUUCAUUAAGAAGCUCAGAUUGUCUGAAUGCUUUACAGAAUGCAUGUAUGUAUACUGUAUAUAUAUAUCUAUCUUCAUAUCUCCACAUACUAAUACCUGUAUAUACAAGUUUAUAUUCAAAUGUUUUUGCUCCAGUAAGUCAAUUUGAAGCACCUUGGCCCUAAUUUGAUGCACGUGUAAAGUCAAAGGCACAUUUCAGCCAGGACUAAAAUAAUUUUAGCAGAGCAAGGUGAAGCUGAGGCUGCGGUCUGUACAUCGCAAAGGCCGGGGGUCUUCAUCAGUUUGCUAAAAGUAAAUAGCAAACUGUUAGAUUAGCCAUGUUAUUGAGCGAAGGCACUUAAUCUCUUUGUGACCUUAAAGUGGUCAUGCUGUUGUUAACCAAAUCAUUGCAUUAAUCUUACUUCAAUUCUCUUUGGGUCUCAAAUGUGCAGUUUUGAAAGAAACACAUGUUAAAGUGAUCAUGUAUUUUCAUUUUACAACUUGAUCCCUGGCACUAAACUAGGUCAUUUAGAAAGGCAUCCUUUUAGGCAGUGUUGUACUACCCUGCUCAUUUUACCAACCCGAUGUUUCGCCUCUUGGAUGUAAUGCCUUCAGCUGCAUAUACCAUGAUAGAAAAACAAAAGCACAUGUUUUGCAUUUCUUUCAAAACGACACAUGUGAGGUCUAUAUUACAAAUGGAAGUACACAAUGACUGUGAAGUAUGCAAUGAUUUUGCUAGCUAGAAUCACUUUAAUAGGUCAUUAAUUACAGCUUAAAGGGGAGUGGAAGCCCCAGAUGUUCUGCACUUUCCCCAUCCUGUUUGCUGUUGAGUUGCUUCUUGUAAAUCCUUUGUUAAAGUGAUACUGUACCUGGCAGUUUGUCUGUGAUAGAUUGGACCUUGGUUCUAUAGUAUUUCUUUUUUUUUGUGCCAGUGUAUUACUGUUUUGGACUGUGUUUUGUUUUUGUUUCUGUUACUAUUCUGUGAAUGCAGAGACUGCUUGUAUGAAGAGCAACCGGAAUUCAUUAAAGGGCAAAUGUAACCAAAA